AUGGCGGGGCCGGGAGCGGGCGCGGGCCCCGGGCCGCCCACCCGCACCGAGCCCGACGCCGCCACCGCCGCCGCCGCCACCGCCGCCGCCUCAGCCGGGGGCCGCACGGGAACACGCACCGACGCACUGACGCCGCCGCCGCCGCCGCCCCUGCGUCACUUCCGCCCGCCGAAGCCACGCCCCUUCCGGGCCUGCUCCGCCCUCAGCUCCGCCCUUUUCCCCCCUCAGCCCCCGGCUAGCUUCCAGCGGGGCAGGGCGCAUGGGGCGGCGGCGGCGGCGGCCCUGGCCUUCCUGCGCUGGGGGGACGCGCGGCGGCUGUCCCGGGCCACCUGCCGGGCCCGCUUCGAGGUGUCGGGGCGGGGGGCGGCGGGCCCGGCGCCGCGGGGCCUUUGGGGGGCGGCGGGGGCGGUGGCCCUGGCCGCCAACGUGCUCAACCUGCUGCUGCAGGCCAACGAGCUCCGCGAGGCCAGCCUGCCCGACGACGCCGACUGGUACCAGGCGCUGGUGCGCGGCCUGGCCCAGGGCCACCCCCAAGCCCGCCGGGCCAAGCUCACCUUCCUGCGGCCGCCGGGGGCCCGGGCCCGGGGCCCGCGCCUGGUCCUGCGGGCCUCCCGGGAGCCCGGCGGGGCCCUGCUGCUAAGGGGGCGGCCGGCCGGGCCGGCCGGGUCCGAGGGGCCCCACCGGCCCCGGGGCCCCGCCGCCCUGCGCCACCGCCUGCUGACCAACGACCUGUCCGGCCUCGCCAGCCCCCGCUGGGCCCGCGCCCACGGCUACCUGGGCUCCGCGGGCCGGGUGCGGGCCGGCCCGCCCUUCCUCGACUGCCGGGCCGGACGCUUCGUGCCCCGCUGGCUCCUCACCCUCAGCGCCCCCUUCCACGGGCUCCGGCCGGACCUCACCCCCGAGCGGAGGGGGUGGAUCCAGAUGGAUGUGGACCUACGGGAUGUGAAGGUCGACCAGUGCACCCCGGGGCCAGGCUGGUUCGCCGGGACCCACCGGUGUGACCCCGAAAGCACCCAGUGCACCCCGCUGCAGACUCACGGCUUCGCCCUGGGCCGCUACGUCUGUCUCUGCCGUCCGGGCUUCUACAGGGUCGGCCCGCCCCUCGGCGUGGGGCCGGAGGACAACUCCACGCCGGGUCCGGGCUGGUACGGGGCCCAGGGGUCGGGGCCGCCGAUAGCCUGCCAGCCCUGCCCAGAGGGCUGUGCCAACUGCACGGAUGGCACGCCUUGCCUGGCGCAGGAGGACCGGGCGCUGCGGGCGGCGCUGCUGACCUGCCAGGCCGGCUGCAUGCUGGCGGUCUUCGCCUGCAUGCUCCUCUCCUAUCACUACCGCUGUAACAAGAGGGUGCGGGCGUCGGGACUGCUUUGGCUGGAGAUCAUUCUCUUCGGCUCCUUGCUCCUCUAUUUCCCCGUGUUCAUCCUCUACUUCGAGCCCAGCGUGUUCCGCUGCGUGGCCCUGCGUUGGGUGAGGCUGCUGGGCUUCGCCACCGUCUACGGCACCGUCGCCCUCAAACUGUACAGGGUGCUGCAGGCGUCUCUGUCGCGCCAAGUCCGGCGGGGCGUCCCCGCGACCGGCGGACGGCCGCUCCGCUCGCUGGCCCUCGCCCUGCUGCUGGUGCUCUGGUUCCUGGCGGCCUGGACGGCCGGCACGCUGGACCAGACCGCCCGCCCCGCCCCGCGGGCCCUCGUGGUGACGGGGCGGACCCCCGCCGGACGCCUCUUCCGCCUCUGCGGCCUCGACCGCUGGGACUACAUGAUGUCCGUGGCGGAGCUGCUCUCCCUGCUGUGCGCCAGCGCCCUGUGCCGUGCCACCUGGGCGGUGCCCUCGGCCUACAGGGAGCCCCGCUACCUGGCCGUGGCCCUGCACAAUGAGUUGGCCACCUCUGCGGCUUUCCAUCUGGUCAGGUUUCUCCUGGUUCCGUCGCUGCACCCCGACUGGACCCUGCUCCUCUGCUUCGUCCACACCCACGGCACCGUGACCGUGACCCUGGCCCUGCUCUUCGUCCCCAAGUUUCUGCACGUGGAGGUGCCCCUGCCCGAGGAGGUGGGAGCCGAGGUGAUCGAAGAGGAGCUGGACAUGCGGCCGCCGUCCUCCUGCCUGGAGAGCAGCAUCACGUCCGCCUGGAGCGACCCCGGCCUCGACCCCGGAGACAUCCGUGCGGAGCUGAAGAAGCUGUACUGGCAGCUGGAGGUCCAGCAGACCCGGCAGAUGGUGGCGCGAAACCCGCACCUCCCCGAGCGGCCGGCCUCCCGCCGCGGCCCGGCCCGCUCCCUGCUGCGCCGCCUCUCCGCCCGCCGCCCGCCGAGCCUCCGGGAGGCCCCCGCCGGGGAGGAGGAGGCCCGGCCGGGGCGGGGAGACCCCCGCCGCCACCGCUCCUCCCAAACCCUCCGGGAGGACCCCGGCCCGGCCCGGGCCACCCCGCUCGCCAAGUCGGACGGCGCCUGCCACGUGGCGGCCGCCGGCGACGAGGCCCCGCCCGGGCCCCGCCCCGCCCGCAGCGCCUCCGGCACCGGCGGCGUCCGCAGCGCCUCCAGCAUCCGCAGUGUCCGCAGCGCCCCCGGCAUCCGCAGCCUCCCCAGCGUCCGCAUCGCCCCCGGGGCGCGCGGCGCCCACAGCGCCCCCAGCCUCCGGCCCGGGGCGCCAGCCUCACCUUUGACCCGCCGGGAGCCCCGGCCCCACAGCGACGGCGCGCAGACCAGACCCCACUCGGCGCCCCUGGAAGCCGCCCGGCUGCCCGGCGGCCCCCCGCCCCGGAGCGCCAGCCUCCACGGCACCCGCGCGUCCGACGGGCCGCAGGGCGACGGCCGGGGCCGGAUGACCCCCGGCCCGGCCCCGGGCGGCCCGGUCUCGGCAGCGCCGGCCGCGGGGACCCCCAUCCGGGCCCCGGCCUCGUCCCGAGGCCCGGACCCGUUCGCUUUCAUCUGCCCGUGGGAGGGGGGGACCCCCGGGGAGGUCGGGGCCGGCCCCCCGGCCCCGCCGCCGGCCCCCAGGAGGGCGCUGUCCGUCGCUGCCACCGACCCGGAGGGAGAGGGGAGUCCGAGCACGCCCCCCAAGUCCCAGAGCCUGAAGGCGCCCGCCCGCGGGGCGUCUCUGCGGAGCCUCGGGCUGAUGCUGAAGGCGCUGGGCCGGAGCCGGACCGGCUGCCCGGGCCAGGGGGCCGGAGAUGGCGCGGCCGGGGCCGGCGGGGGAGGAGCCGCAACGGGGGGAGCUCUGGGGGCUCCUCCCCCCGCUCCGGGAGGAGUCCCGGCCGAGACCCCCGGGGCCACGCGGGCCCAGGAGGAGGGCGACCACCCCGACGAGGAGGGCGGACCCGAGCCGGCCGGCCGGGACCCGGCCGAGAGCAGCGGGGCAGCCGGGGGCCCCGUCUUCCCGCUGGAGGGAACCCGGGGCUCCCCCGGGCCCAGCGAGGUGGGGGCCACGGAAGGCCUUCGCCGGCCGCCCUCCGGGGGCCCCGACCGGCUCGGGAGUCAGGCGGCGGCCGGGCCGGUCCCCGGGAAGGCGGAGGCGUGUCCGUGGGAAGCGUCCGGCGGGCGAGCCGACAUCUGUCCCUGGGAGGAGGACGAGGGGUCUCCGGGGACGAUUAGGGCCCCCACCCCGGACGGGGGCCGCCGCCACCGGCCGAGGGGGGCUCCCAGCCGGGGGUCACCCGAUGAAGCGGGGAAGGAGGGGCAGGGCCAGGACCCCGUCCGCCCCUGGGAGAGUUCGGCCGAUUCGGGCGGCCCCCGCGGCCCGCCGCCUGGGAAGUCCCGGCCUCCGGGCGGCGGUCCUCUGCUGCCACCGGACGCGGACCGCUGGAAGGCGGAGGUGUGCCCUUGGGAAGUGUCCGGCGGGCGAGCCGACAUCCGUCCCUGGGAGGAGAGUGAGGGGGCCGCGGUGCCAGAGGCCGCCGCGGGCCAGGGCCCGAGGUGGGCCCGGCCGAAGGGGGCGGCGGGGGCGGACCCUCCCUCUCCCCAGCAGGGUGGGGACGCCGCCGCGGCGGGGACCCCCAGGAGGGCCGGGAGGCUGGUCCGGGCGCGGGAGGCCAUCUGUCCCCGGGAGACCGUGGACGCGGGGGACGACGGAGGCCCGGGGUCAGGGCCCGAGGGGCACCCGGGACAAACGUGGGGUACGGAGGGCCGCCCCGACCCCGGAGGGACGGGAUCCCGGAGACCGGGGCCCCGGCCUGCCGGGGCAGCCAGGGCCGAAUCCCUCCCGGCGUCCGAGGGGAGACGCCCCCCGCCCGCCGGCCCCCAGGCCGCUUCCUCACUCCCGGGCAGCGAGGCCGGCUGGGCCCGGAGCCCGGAGCCCGGGCCCGCCGCCAAGUAGCGGCUCCGGUGCUCCCGAACCCCAAACCAGAGCAACCGGCGGCCCCCUCACCACUCCCCGCUGCCCCUCCCCUCGGGCGGCCCGUCCUCCCUCACCCCCGGCCCGGCGUCCAGAGCCCCGGCCGUCGUCGCCGCCGCCCCGGCUCUGAGACGCGUCCGUCCGCUUGCUGCCUGGGGACCCCUGGGGGCUAAAGGGCAGCUGAGGGACCAAAGCCAUGUGGUCCCCAAAGGAACAUGUACGAAAGACAAAUUAAAAUCUCCAGCUGCCCACCGUU